AUGUUAGUUGAAGAUGACAACGGGUUUAUUCGCAGCAAAACCUCGUGCGAUCUAACCAGCGACUUCCCUCCUGAAACGCAGGAGCAGCGCAGCGACUCUGCUGCAGGGUCUGCAGAUUUAAGAGAGCGGCUGCUGUCUGUUCAAGAAGGAAGUGCAGCAAUAGAUGAGAACGACUCGUUGGUAGUUGUUUCUUUAGAGCUGCCUGUAAGAGUAGUUCGAGUAGAGACGCAUGUAAAUACUCCUUCAGAAGAAGCUGCUAUUGCUGCUGCUGCUGCUGCAGCAAAAGCGGCUGCUGCAGCAGCAGCAGAAACAGAUGCACCAACAGCUCCAGCAGAAGCACCAGCAGCAGCAAAUCAACCAGCUGCAGCAGCAGCAGCUGCUGCUGCAACAGAAGACCCUCAAUCCUCUUCCUCCUCCUCCUCUUCGUCAUCAGGAUCAAAUGCAGCAGCAGCAAGUGCAGCAGCAGCAGCAGCAGCAGCAGGUUAUCUACCGCAGCAGCGAGACGGUAGCGGUGAACCCGUUGCUUUUGUGCGCAGCAGCAGCGGGAGGUUUGAGCUGCGGCCUUCAAAAUCAACAUUACUGCCUUCACUGUUUCAUUUAAAGGAUAAGACAAGACUUGCAGUCUCUUUUUUAGGGUUCUCAGGUGUAUAUACACAGGAUGAAGACGAACAAGAAGAGAUCAAAGAGCUGCUAUACCCCUAUGCAUGCAUCCCUGUCUUCCCACCCGAGAAGGAGAUGAAUAACUGUCUUCGCUUCUGCGAUUCUAUCUUGCGUCCUCUCUUUCAUAAUGUUAUUUCUAUUGACCCCCCAGCACAGCAGCACCAACAGCAGCAACAGCAGCAGCAGCAGCAGCAGCAGAAGCGGCAGCAAGGGGAAGAAGAAGAAUUGCAGCAGCAGGAGCAGCAGCAGCAGCAACAGCAGCAGCAGCAGCAGCAAGAAGAGGAGGAUAUAAGCAGCGAAGAGUUGUG